GUAAUCUGGGAACCCCUUCUAGAAUCAAUCACGUUCAUUCAUUCAUUCAUUCACCCUUUUUGGGAGUACCUUGCCCUCGAUAUUUUUGUGCCCGAGAUUUGGAAAAGGGAGGGUGAUUUUUGAGCUGGAAAUCGUUGGAUCAUACAAUACACUUCAACAGCCUUUAGUCGCAUACAUUCACACCAUACAACCGGACAUUAUGUCCCGAUCAUCAAGGCCCUUUUCUUGGAAGCUGGUUCUCGUAGCUCUUCUCGCAACGGUCGGCCUAGCAACAGCACAUUUCGAACUUCAGUAUCCUCCAUGGCGGGGAAAUACUCUAAAGGACGAUAUGCAAUGGCGGUAUCCAUGUGGUGGGAUUCCAGUAACAACCAACAGAACCAAGUGGCCGCUCAAGGGAGGCGAUAUCUCAAUUGUCCCAGGCUGGAACGCCGGCCAUCCUUCGGCAUUCUUCUACGUUAACAUGGGCUUCGGCUCUACCCCUCCAAACAUGACGAACGUUAUGCAACCGAUUUUUCAAAUGACCGGGCCGAGCAGAGAUCCGUACCCGGGAUCUUUCUGCCUUAGAGAUGUUCCGUUGCCCGUCAACGCUUCUGUAAAGGCCGGCGAUAAUGCUACUAUUCAAGUGAUUCAAGUGGCACUACACGGCGCUUCUCUUUACAACUGCGCCGAUAUCACAUUUGUGGAACCUGGAGAGGAAGAUAAGAUGCCGGAUGGGAUGUGCGUGAACAGCACAACAUUUAAUUUCAAUCUCGUAUACACGACACGGUCCUCAUCAUCCAUCAGCUCGAAGAAUCUAUUAGACAAGACUACGAUGAUCACGGUAUUGUUGGGCGGUCUAUUUCUGGGGGCCUGGCUGUAGCGGUUUGGUUAGCGUAUGAUUGAUUCCACGAAAGGAGGUGGCGGGCGUUCAAAGUAGGUUGAGGCUACGAUAUUUUAAUGGCUUCUCGAGUCUUUUUUUUUUUUUUUUUUUUUUUCGACUCUUUAACUUAUUCCACUUCUUCUGUACAAAGUAUUCACCAUACUACUGCCUUACCUUUUUUUUUUUUUUCUUUUUUCUUUUACCACGUUUUGGCUUCUUGGGUUGUUUGGGUGUCUAUCCGGUUUCUCUCUCACUUUUUUACUUCACGUCACUUCCCCUUUCGGCACCGAUCCUGGUUGGCCCUUCCAGUUCCAUUACUCGUAUUGUUACUCUUAGUUUAGAUGACGGAGUACCGUAAGCUGGUGACGGACGGACGGAUAGGUCAGAAGUGGCGGAGAACUGUACAUGCAUGCGCCCCACCGGGUACAAAAAGAAAAAAAGUUCACCAACUCAUCAAGAGAUUGGUGGAGAAAUUCUUUGUAUAACUUUUUUUUUUUUUUUUUUUUUCACUUUCCGUUUUUUUUUUCACGCAUUGGUUUCGGAGCAUAGAGGUCUGAUUACUACUUGUCUAUUUUUUUUAUUCCUUGUCUGCACCGCUCCCUCUCCUCCUCCCUAUUGUAUGGUAUUGAUACUGCACAUACGGUAAUCUCAUCACAGCUCUAUUGCACUAGGCAAAAGUCCGCCUAGCUUUUUCCAGUGGCGGAAAGGGGGAGAGAAGAGAGGAGGAGGG